GUCGCAACCACUCCCUCAGUAACUGAAAUAUCAAGUGCAGGCGAAGAGAGAACCACUGAAGGAGAGGAAACGACGAAGCCAACAGCAGGGCCUAUUGAGUCUAGUGGAGAAGAAUCAGUAUUGAGUAGCAAUGAGCCACAAGUGGCUGCAAAUGCGGAUGAGGAACCAGCUACGACCCUAUCAGGAACCAGCGGGCCGAUCUCAAUCACCACUACUCUAAAUGGUGAAGAGACAACUACGGUCACAUCACCCUUACCUACUCCACAGGGAACUGAAACAGGCGAAAAGGAAACUACUGAAGAAGUGGAGGAGAAGAAAACUACAACGACAGAGCCUAUCGAAUCCAGCGGGGAAGAACCAGCGGUGAAUAACAAAGUACCCAGUGUUGCAGCGAAUGUGGACGAAGAAGCAGCUACGACUUCAUCAGAAACAAGCGGGUCAGCCUCAACGACUUCCUCAACAACUGAGAUAUCAGGUGCAGGCGAAGAGACAACCACUGCAGGAGAGGAAGGGACAAGGCCAACAACAGCAGGGCCCAUUGAAGCCAGCGGAGAAGAAUCAGCAGUAAGCAACAAAGUACCCAACGUUGCAGCGAACGUGGAUGAAGAAGCAGCUACGACUUCGUCAGAAACAAGUGGGUCAGUCUCAACUACUCCCUCAACAACUGAGAUAUCAGGAGCAGGCGAAGAGACAACCACUGCAGGAGAGGAAGGGACGAGCCCAACAACAGCAGGACCCAUUGAAGCCAGCGGAGAAGAACCAGCAGUGAGCAACAAAGUGCCUAACGUUGCAGCAAAUGUGGACGAAGAGAAAAAUCCAGCCGUAACAGGAACAGACAAACCGUUUUCUACCACUUCUGAAGAAGAAUCGCUCAUCUCAUCCUCUACACCAACAUCAACGAUUUUAAAGGUAACUGAGGCUGGCGAGUACACAACCGCUGAAAGGGAUCAGUCAACCACAUCAGAGCCUAUCGAGGCCAGCGGAGAAUUGCCAACGUCAGUGGAUAACAAAGUGCCAGACGUGGCUGCGAGCAUUGAUGAGAUGGCAUCUACUGGAAAAUCACUCCCAAGUGCUUUCUCCAGUACCGAUUCAUCGGCAGGUGAUUUACUUUCGUCCACAACAAGGGAAUCUCCUUCAUUUGUGACGGAAGGGAGCGAUGAAACACCUGCAGUUGUGGCACAGUCUGGAGAUUUU